UACAGCCGAUACUAAUAAUCCAGAAGCACUACAUGUAUGUUUAUAUUAAAAGAAUUAUUACAUUUUUUCUUCUUCUUUAAUUAUGCAGUAGAGUAAUAAAACGAUGACUUUCAAUAGAUAUAUAUAUAUUCUACAAAACUAUCUCUUACCUUUUAACUUUCUAUUAAAUUUACGGAUCUCUCAUGACAUACAUCUUUCUGUAAGAUGAUUUCAACUUGCAUAUUUACAGCUAGAGUCAGGAAGAUUCUCAACCAUUCCAAUGAGCUUCGCCUUGGAUAAAGGAAACUACAUUAUGAGUUUACCUGGCAUCCUGAAAAUGGUGAUUGAUAUCUGAGAGUAAUCAUUGAUAAAGACAAGAUCAAAUUCAGACAGUAUCUAUUAGAUUGCAAUCGAAGUAUUUGAUAUGGUUUUUCUUCUCUUGUACUAAAAAAGUGUCAUUAUAACUUAUUAUUCUUAGCAGAAAUGUUUCAAUUUCUUUUAGUUAAUAUAAUUUAAAUUAAGAAUAAGUUUAAGACUAUAUCAAAAUCUUGUAAGGCUUAAGUACUGAAUCUUGUUUAGUGAAAUUCUGAUCGAAUUUUAAUUCUUUUCUGUUUAUUUAGUUUACAUUUCUUUUCAAUACUAUUACAAAGAACGGUUCAAAAAGCAUACUAUGUCACUGUGUUGUUGAUCCCAAUUGCCAAGGACCAAUCAAUUUCGCAAUUGAGCGUAUAGUUGGUAUUUCAACAUUACCUGGUGUUCGUCCACAAUAUGUCGGUUUUGGUUACGUGGCGCCUGGAUUGGUUGAUGCAUGUUAUACUAUUGAUUUCCUUCUUCUAUCAACACUUCAAUGUUUUUAUACCAAUUCCGAUUGUAUGAAUCAUCUUUUCUAUUAUAUAAACAAAACAUAUUCGUCGGCUGGAAAUUAUUCAAAUUUGUAUGCACAUCCAUUAAUAUAUAACCAAACAUCAACUCGUUUUCCUCCAAAUAUUUCAGUUUCAUCAAUAGUUGAAGAAAUGAUGAUUGAAAAAUGGAAUACAUCAUUGUCAUUUUCUGAUUAUUAUAAAGCAUGUGCACCAACUUAUUGCACUUACACUCAAAUAAAACAUGCAGAAACUUUCAGCGAACUAUUAGUGACAUUAAUUUCUACGGUUGGUGGUCUUGUUAUGGCAUUACGACUAAUUACAUUCCAAUUCGUUAAGAUUAUUUUUGGUUUAUUUCAAAAAAAACUGAAGAAACAACAACAAGUUCGUCGAAAAUUACUUGAUCGAUUCAAGGCGUUAUUAUUUAAACUGAUAACAUUUUUAUAUACAAAAAUGUUGAAUCUAAAUAUAUUUCCUCUACGAACAUUCGGAAGUAAGAUCGACCGAAUAACGGUAAAACAUCUUGGUCAAUGGUCAACUCGUCUUUAUCUUAUUCUUCUAAGCAUCAUUUUUGUCAUUUUAACUCUUUAUACAGCUAUUCAACCACAAACAUUGACCAAAUCCUUUUCAACACCAUCAUUAGAUUUCUAUAAGAAUUUGAUGAAUGAUCAUAGUGAUGAACUUGAAUGUCCAUGUUCAUUGAUUUCAUCUCCAUAUGAUGAAUAUAUUCACAUUCAACCGAUAUUUCAUCAAAUUUGUUCAAGUGAUUUAAUUUCAAAUGAAUGGAGAUUAAAUAUUACAGCAAAUUUAAUUUCUAA